UGACAGACGUGAACGAGAGGUUUCCGGAAGGCCUCGUUAAUGAUUGAGCGGCUAACGGAGUGAAACAUGUUCUUCAUCAGCAAAACGCCGGCGGUACAUAGUGAACAAGGUUUUCCAAACUAAUGACCGCUGGGCUUUCUUUCCUCAGAGACGCUUUGGACAUGGGUCAGACGGCGAAGACGAGUGCAGAGGGAGAUCGAUGAGAGGAAGGAAGGAAAGGACUCAGGAGACGAGAUGACGCCAGAGAUGAAACUCCAAGAGGAACGGAUCCAAUAACCUUCACCAUGUUAUUGAACCAGAUCUCUAACGUGACUCCGGACGUCGGGUUGUUGCCGAUCGAGGCUCUGAUCGACCAAUCGAACGCCUCUUCCCUCGCGCCGCCCUCCUGCAGCAUAGAUGAGUCCUACAAGUACGUGUUCCUGCCGGUGUGCUACUCUCUGACCUUCGUGUUCAGCCUCAGCCUGAACUCGGUGGUGUUGUUGCGGUCGUGCGGCACCAGGAGGCGCUGGAACACCUCUCUGAUCUACAUGGUGAACCUGGCCUCCACAGACCUGAUGUACGGCCUCUCGCUGCCCUUCCUGGUGGCCAGCUACAUCCUGAGGGACCGCUGGGUGUUCGGAGACUUCAUGUGUCGCCUCGUACGCUUCCUGUUCUACUUCAACCUGUACUGCUCCAUCUUCUUCCUCACCUGCAUCUCCGUGCACAG